UAAAAUAGGUGUGCUUGUAUGAUAUUUUUUAAUACAAGAGUUUAAGGGAUGGAUUAGAAAUAAUAGAAGAGUUUAUUUGAUCAUUUUUUCCUAGUCUAAAUAGAUAUUACUCCGUAAUUGUCUGUGUAAACCAUUUUAAUUUUUUCAAUUAAAUUUUUUUAUACAAACAAAAUGAUCAGUGAUGAGACUAAUAAUCUUUAUGUAAAAUUCUAAUCAGACUCAUUUGAAACAAAAAACGUUUUCUUACAUUAUUUAUUCCCACUUAUUAAUUAUUAUGUCCAUAAGCACAUGCGCCACAUUUUGAGUGUCCGUAAAAUAAGCCUAACCAGUGGACAUUUAAAUGUAUAUAGUCCUCAGACAUUAUAUUAUUAUUGAUUAUAUUAUUAUUGUUGUUGCUGCUGCUAUGUAUUCCUACUUCGUAUAACACUUUAAUUUAUUAAUUAAUUAAGGUUUGAGAAGGAAAUUAAAUGAUCAGUUGAUCUAUGGAUGCUAGAUCGAGCAUGUCGAAGUUUGAUCCUUACGAACACCUCAAGGUUUCCCUAAACGACGACGGCUCCCUCACUCGCUUCGUCCACCUUCCAUCUACCCCGGCGACCGGCAAAUGCCCGCCGUCCGUCGUCAAGGGACAAACCGCCGUGAGCAAAGACGUCAUCCUCGACGAGAAAAAGAAUACAUGGAUCAGGAUCUUCCUCCCCACACGAAUCCCAUCCAACGACAAAGCAAUCGCGAAGCUUCCGAUCAUAUUCUACUUCCGGCCGGGCGGCUGGAUUCUGUUCUCAGUCGCCGACACCAUGAUACACGAGAGCUGUAACCUGCUGUGCAGCGAGACUCCGGCCAUUGUGGUGGCGGUGGAGUACCGCCUGGCGCCGGAGAGCCGCCUGCCGGCGCAAUACGAAGACGCCGUGGAGGCGGUGAUGUGGGUGCGAGAGCAAGCCACGGCGGCGCGCGGGGACUCGUGGCUGAGGAACUUCGGCGACUUCUCUCGGUGCUACCUUUACGGGGUGAGCUCCGGGGCGAAUGUGGCGUACAACGCGGCGUUGCUCGCCGCGGAACGCGAGAUCGGGCCGCUGAACGUGGCCGGGGUGAUACUGAACCAGCCGCUGUUCGGCGGGAAGAAGCGGACGGAGUCGGAGAUGAAGCUGGCGGCGGACGAGUACCUGCCGUUGCCGGUGAUGGAUAUGCAGUGGGAAAUGGCGCUGCCGAAGGGGGCGGACCGGGACCACCGGUUCUGUAACCCGAUGGCGGCGGGCGAGGGAGCGGAGAAGCGGGCGAUGAAGAAGCUAGGGCGGGUGUUGGUGAUCGGGUUCGGGGGCGACCCGCUGAUCGACCGGCAGCAGGAGUUCGUGCAGAUGUUGGUGAUGAGAGGAGUGUCGGUGGAUGCUCGGUUCGAUGAUGCCGGCUUCCAUGGAAUCGACAUGGUCGAUUCCCGAACAGCUGCUGCCAUUCUCACUUUCAUCAAAGACUUCGUUUGAUCCGGCCUCCUUUAUCUACUCCCAUCUCCAUCAUUACUCUAUCUAUCCCUAGGUUAUGUUAUUCAUUUUGUAAUAGAGAUAAUUGGGUGUAUAUACAUUUUUUAAUAUGUACAUUUAAGUUUAUGUUAUACAUUUACAAAAAUAAAGUGCAUAGCCUUUUAAAAUAUCGUAGAAGCUUAUGAGUUAUAUGCAUGUCCGAUAUAAACACCAAAAUUCAUGGAAUUUGAUGUUAUCUAAACACAUUUGUAAUUAUCAAAUACAAUUGAG